CCGCUCUAUGCCCUGAAGAAGAGUCGGAGGCAGCUCAGUCGCCAAGUGAGCGCCAUGAGAUCCGGCCGCAGCCUCCUCCUCGUCCUCCUCUGGGGCGCCCUUGCCCUCGGGAGCCAUCUGCCCGCGGCGCCCGGCCUGUUUGAGGGCGGGUGCAGCACCUUCCCCAAGGAGUCCGACCGGUGUGGCGAGCCUAAACCCCGGUUCUUCUACAACACAACCUCCAAGAGCUGUGAGCCUUUCAUUUACCGAGGGUGUCCCUGGAACCACAACAGAUACUACACGGUGGAGGAAUGCCAGCGCCACUGCGGACAGAUUGAAAAGCCGGGCUUCUGCCCCCCAAGCCCCACCGGCGUCACUGCUGAGUGCCUGGCAGGCUGCCUGCACGAUGGCAACUGCCCGGGGACCGAGAAGUGCUGUUCCCAUGGCUGUGCCCUGCGCUGCUCGAAGCCCAUCACAGACCUCUGCCAGCUGCCCCCCGAACACGGCCCCUGUACUGCCAAAAUCCAAAGCUGGUUUUAUGACUCAAAGACUGAAAGGUGCAAGAGGUUCACCUUCGGGGGAUGCCUGGGGAACAAGAACAACUUCAAGAGACGCGGUGGGUGCCAGCGGAGGUGCCGAAAGAGAGGCUCUUCCGAACCGCCCCGUUGACUGAAGCUCCGCUGUGGCCCAGGCCAGCCUGCCUUGUGCUGUACAAAGAGAGACUGAUUCAGGAUGAUGCCAGGCACAGAAAGCUAGGAUGCACGUUUAAAAUGAAUGGAAUUCAGGAAUAAAUUAUUGCAGCAGGAGGACUGUGGUCCCAACCACUGCACACUUCCUAGAAGUAUCUUUUCCUGGCAAGGGUGGCCUUCUUCAUAGAGGGGCAUAAAGGCUGCUCCCCUUCACAAGAAAAGCAUGGAAUUUGCUCUCUCUCUGACUUCUGCCAGGCACGUUCAUGGCCCUGAUCAAGACCACCAUGCAUCAUCCACUUGCCAAAGAUCUGGCACACCCCUG